CUCAAACACGAUUUAAGGCGCUUCAAGACACCUUGGUCUCUUUCCUAUCGCCGUCGACUGAGACCUCUCAUAUCGAGUUUGCGAUCGCAUACCAUCCUUCAGCAACGCGACCAACACUCAACAACACCACCUCCGUCAUGGCAUCCUCGUCUUCAGCCACGCCGCUGCUCUACGCAUGCAUAGCUCACAACACCACCGUCCUCGCUGAGCACACCGCAAGCGCCUCUUCCAACGCCUCCUCCCUUGUCUCCCUCGUGCUCCCGCGCCUAACUCACACCUCUUCCACCCACAAAACCAUCGACCAGAACCAGUUCUUUAUCCACUGCCUCAUCAAGUCACCCUCCGACUUUCCAACUGCCCAGUCCUCAGCUGGCGGCCUCACGUUCCUCGUCAUCGCAGAGCGCGACCUUGGACAGCGCAUUCCCUUUGGCUUUCUCACCAACCUCGAGAAGAAGUUUUUCGCAGAGUUUGAGGCAAGCGAAACCGAUUUCACCCACUUGCCGCCGUACGGAUGCGCGAGCUUCAACGGCGCGCUCAAGAGGUUGAUGGUCGAGCAGGGUAGUACGGUGCAGGGACAGCAGGAUGCGUUGCGCACGGCGCAGAGGGAAAUUGAGGGAGUGAGGGAGAUUAUGACGGAGAAUAUCGAAAGGGUUCUCGAGAGGGGAGAGCACAUGAGUGUGCUGGUAGACAAGACCGGCCGACUAGGCGAGAAUGCUCGCGAUUUCAGGGUCAGGAGUCGCACGCUCAAGAGGCGCAUGUGGUGGAAGAACGUCAAGUUGAUGGUGUUGUUGAUUCUGGUGGUCAUCUUCUUGAUCUACUUGUUUGUUGGGUUUGGAUGCGGACUGCCUGGAUGGUCGCGAUGCUUGGGACAUUGAACGAGUGCCAAUAACACUCACACAUGUUUCGAACGACCACAAAACGAAUUACGGGAGUAGGCAGGAAAC